CGCUUAGCGUGUAGGUAAUUAUUACGCAUGACGGUAAAUCUUUUUCCAAAGUCUAUUGGAACUAAUGCUUUAAUUCUAAAACGUUUCAUUUACUGUAACUUUAAUUGUAAGCAAUUAUAAAAGGAUAUGAUUCUGGGAAUUUAUAUGAUUCAUUCGCUUGCCUAUACGAAUACUAUGGCAUCCAGUUCAUUUGCUUCAAAUGAAACUGAUUUUGAGAGUACAGCUGUGCCAAAUUGGGUUGAACUUCCAAGAGACAUCACAGCAAACAUUUUUCAGAGGCUUGGUACUAUCGAUAUUGUGACAAGUGUACGCUAUGUUUGUCCUAUAUGGUGGAACAUUUUCAAAGAUCCUCUCAUGUGGCGCACUAUUCGAAUGACCAAAUUUAGUGAUUUUUAUGAUCAGCCGGUGGAGAUUUGUCAGUAUGCUAUUAAACAAAGUUGUGGUCAUUUAGAAAACAUUUUCAUAGAUGACUUUGCCACUGAUGAUCUCCUUAAAUUCAUAGCUGAGAAUGCUAGUAAUCUCCGAGGCCUGAGGCUUGUAAAUUGCCCUGGAAUUUCAAAUGAAGUUUUCUGUCAAGCUGUAAAAAUACUGCCGCUGCUAGAGAGGCUGAAUAUUUCACUUUGCAACUUAUCGAAGGAUUCUCUUGAAGUUGUUGGCCAAUAUUGCCCUCUUUUGACAGUUCUCAUAUUUGGGAGAUCAGAGUUUCCGUUUGAUAUUUGUGAUGAUGAUGCGAUUGUUAUUGCAGAAACAAUGGUUGGAUUACGUCAUCUUAAUAUUCAAGGAAGUUCGCUCUCUAACGCUGGGUUGUUUGCGAUUCUUGCUGGCUGUCCUCAUCUUGAGUUUCUUGAUAUUCGAGGAUGUUAUAAUUUGGAUUUGAAUGACAGUUUGAAGAAAAAAUGCAUUGAUCAGAUAAAAAAUUUGCGACUUCCUGAGCCAAUAGUUUAUGAUGACUAUGAUAAUAUAUAUGUGUAUACUGUUUGGGACCUUACAAUGGAUGAUGAUUGUUAUGAUCCUAAUGAUUGAUGAAAAAUUCAGGCUGUUUUCAUUGUUUUUGUUUCC